CAAAAAAAAAGUCGCCAGUGGAUUGAUGAUAAACAUUGCUCAGAAGAUAUAGUGGAUAAUAUAACCUUUUGUAUUCAUGACGCAGAACCCGUUACAUAACCCGCUAUCGUUCUUGAAGGCGUCGCCUGCUAACUCGUCUUCAAGUUCGGUGGCUUCCCAGAACUCAAAUCACUCACGUCGUUCGAGAUCUGGCAGCUUUAUGAGAGUCAUGUCCCAGCAUAAUGUUCCCACAGGAGGAGCCCAGUCGUCGUCCUCGUCUUCCACAGCACCCAAUAAACCCUCCCUUCCGUCAGCAGCGAGACGCUCCAUGAGUGUAUCCGAAGGUUUGCACAACAGACUCAAUCAACUCCAUCAUCACGCCGACGUUCCCAGUCCCGCCACGGAAAUGCCUCCAUUCCCAUUCAACGCAUCCGCCAAUCUCUCUUCUUCCUCCAUUGCUCAGAUCUCUGAACACAAUUGGGCGAAUAAACUGGAGGAUUUUGACAUGAAGAAACCCAUUGGCUACGGGUCUUCGGCGGUCGUCUAUGGUGCUGUCUAUAAACCGCUGAAUAAGCGUGUCGCCAUUAAAAUGAUCGAUCUCGAUAUGUUUGAACGCAACCAAAUCGAUGAAUUACGCCGAGAAACAUCGUUGAUGGCGUUAUCCAAACAUCCCAACGUGCUUCGUGUGUAUGGAUCGUUUGUGAGCGGAUCGAAAUUGUACAUUGUGACACCGUAUCUUUCGGCGGGUUCAUGUCUGGAUAUCAUGAAAACGACAUACCCUGACGGAUUGGACGAGAUUAGCAUUGCUACCAUUCUGAAGCAAGCCUUGGAAGGGCUCGUUUAUCUGCACAAGAAUGGCCAUAUUCAUCGGGACAUCAAAGCCGGAAAUUUGUUAAUGGAUGAUCAUGGUACUGUUCUACUUGCCGAUUUUGGUGUCUCCAGCUCCUUGGCGGAAAACGGAGAUCUAAGGAAAACAUUUGUGGGCACGCCAUGCUGGAUGGCGCCCGAAGUCAUGGAGCAGGCCGGCUAUGACUUCAAAGCGGAUAUUUGGAGCUUUGGUAUCACUGCCAUCGAACUGGCGACGGGACAUGCCCCCUUUGCAAAGUACCCUCCCAUGAAAGUGCUCAUGAUGACCCUUUCCAAUGCACCGCCCACCCUCGAUCGAGAACACACAAAGCUCAAAUACUCCAAAGUCUUUAAAGAGAUGAUUGAUUGUUGUCUACAAAAAGAUCCAAAAAAAAGACCUACAGCAGAAAGGCUUUUGCAGCAUCCGUUCUUCAAACAAGCAAAAAAGAAAGAAUACCUUUGCAAGUCGGUCUUGGCUGAUGUCCCACCUCUGGAACAGCGACCGCACAAAAAGGCUCCCCAACGUCAUAUUUCCUUUGAAUCCACCGAUCAAUGGGAUUUCGAUACCCAGCCGGAUACCGACGCUGAGGUGCCCGAUAAAACCACGACGGAACCGUCCAAGGCACCUUCCUCCUCCGUUCCCACCAGUACGGCACCUUCUUCCGCCAACCCCACCACCUCCGUUACCACCAUCAACACCGCUGCCAAACCUUCUCCUUCCGAAACACCGACGCAAUCCAAGCCGUCCACCCCAGCCGACAGCACGGCUCCUGCCCCCCCGAAAAAACAUAUAUCCUUUGGCAACGUUGUCAUCAAAGACAUGCAACCUCGAAGUGCUAUGCCACCGGUCGUAGAAAGUCCUUCUCCCAUGAGCGCAUCGCCCCAGCAACCCGUCGUACCCACCGACUUUGCUACUCAACCUGCCGCUGCCGUGAAAAAGUCACGUUUCGUCAUCGAAGAUAAUCGUGAUCCCAAUGAUACAGCUCACUCUGCUACCAUGACGCCAUCACCCGAUUAUCAAUCACUGGCUCCAUCUCCUGCCCUCCCUUCGGCUGUAGAACCUACGCAUGACACGGCACCUGCUUCUUCCGCCGUAGGUCUCGGAAUCUCCACGGCCACACCCCAUGAAGUGGAAGUGAAAAAGGGCCGGUUCAGUGUGAAUCAAUCCCAGCAAACCCGUCCUUCCACGCCUUCCGAUGAGGCGCAGGACAAACCCACGACGGGACCUCCUCAGCCGCUGCAGGGCGAUUUCCGGGCUUUACCCAUCAGUCGUGCAGCCAGUCAUGACAGUUUACCAGAACGAAAAUCGAGGUUUGAAAUCAAACACGGCAAUUCCCUUCCUCCGAGCAGUUCCAUGAGCCAUUCCGCGACGGCCACGGUCCAGGGAGGAGAGGUGCAGCAGCAUGCUAUUGCGCCAAGCAUGCCUGUCACUCGAGAUAACUCCUUUUCAUCAUCUCAGUCAUUAUCACGCGAUAGUUCCGUCAACGGCCGUCUAAGUCGUUUUUCGAUCGAGAAAAAUGAAGCGGCCGGUCCUUACUGUGAGUUCCCUAAUCUUACCCCGGAAUGCCGGAAAAAGGGUCGCUUUGAAUUAAGUGGCGGAUCGGCACCACCAGAUGUGCAAGGCAAAGCGGAAAAGGCAGAAGGUCAUCAUUAUGAAUCGCCUUCAUCGUUCGUGUCGGGAUCGCCGACUUGCUCGCCUUCCAGCUCGCUUUCCCGCGGACAGGAACGUCGGUUGUUGGAUCCCAACAUGCCGCAGCUUGUUUACUCACACAUGGAAGCCCUUUUGAAGCAGACCGAGCAACAAAAGAACAUGUUGCAUGAAAUGCUCUUCGGUAUGUCCAUGGUCUAUGGCACCCAGGGUCCUUCUGGCAAAGGACAGGCACGAAGUCGAACUGUCUCGGAAACUAAAAGACCGCCCUCCACGGUUCGAGAACCUUCAGAUUCAACCCAAAGAACCACUCCUUUAUCAUCCGAGCUAAGUGCGACGUUGGAGCAUCUGCAACAUUUGUUAAUAGCGUCAAAUCAUGAUCGCGAAAAACUCGCCCGGGAAAAUGAGGCAUUAAAGCGCGAGUUGGAACGGUUACGACGAAGUCAUAAUGCGACGAGUAUCAAUGUAAACAAAGGUCCAACGACCAUCGUCAAUACCAACACCACCAACAAACAUUCAGAUGCCUCGGACUUACCUACUCCUGUUACGCCCUCUCAACCUUCUACAUCAGUACCAUCUGAACCGCCGUCCGCUGCGCCGGAAGCAAAUAGCAAACCCGACGGCUCCACCUAAUAUUAUUCAAAUCCAUCACUUUGAAAAAAAAAAAUUCAAGGCAAAAACGACCCAAAAAAAAAAGGCACUCCUCACUUUCAUCAUUUCACCAUUUGCGAUCCAAGAUUUAUUGACAGAUCUCGUUGCAUUAUCGCCAUUGAUUUAGCAAAAACGAAAGCAAUAUAUGCAAAAAAAAAAAAGAAACCUAGAGAAUUCCCGUACAUUUUAAUGGCAUACACAUUACUUUGACUCGUGUUAUAUAGAAAAAAAAAUUCAAAUCAACCUCUUUCUCCAAGAGAAUAAAAUUAUCCUG